AUGGAGAUCGUGACAGGUGCAUUGAGCACCCUACUCCCCAAGCUUGCCGUGCUUCUGACCAGCCAAUACAACCUGCAGAAAAAACUGAGGGACGAUAUCACGUUCCUCAAAGCCGAGCUGGAGAGCAUGCAACCUGUCCUAGAAAGGGUUUCAGAGGCUCCAAUAACAGACAAGCAGAUUAUGAUAUGGGCAAGGGAAGUGAGAGAACUGUCAUAUGACAUCGAAGACAGCAUCGACAAAUUCAUGGUGCACAUUGAGGACAACCCAUCAGCAAAGCCGCGUGGAUUUGGGGGGUUCAUUCAUAAGAGUUUGAAGUUGUUGACAACAGCCAAGCUUCGCCAUACUAUUGCCUCAGAAAUCACAGGCAUCAAGGAGCUUGUCUAUGAGGUGGCUUCGAGGCAUGAAAGAUACAAGAUUGACACUGCCUCUUUUGUCCGACCAGACAACACAACAAUUGACCCUCGGCUGAUGGGUAUUUACGAAAGGACUUCGAAACUUGUUGGCAUCAGUGGCCCACAGGACAAGUUGAAGGAGUUGGUAAUGGAGCCAGAAGGCACGUUGAAUCGUCACCUAAAAGUGGUCUCGGUUGUUGGACCUGGUGGUUUGGGCAAGACAACACUCGCCAAUAUCAUGUAUCAACAGCUUAGAGAGCAGUUUGAGUGUCAUGCUUUUGUAUCAGUGUCUCUUAAUCCUGAUUUAAAGAAGAUUCUGUGCAGCAUUCUCCGCCAAGUUACAAAAACCUUUAUUCCAGCAUUGAAGCAUGGCCUGUUGAUGAAAUUAUCUACAAUACAAGACUACAUCUUGAGGAUAAGAGCUUGGGAUCUUAUCAAGUGUGCAUUAGUUGACAACAACUGCGGCAGUAGAAUAAUUACAACGAGUCGUGUACUUGAUGUUGCUGCGUCGUGCUGCUCAAAAGUUGAUGGUUGUAUCUAUAAACUAAAACCUCUUUCCCAUGAUGAUUCAAAGAAGUUGUUCUACAGAAGAAUAUUUGGAUCUGAAGAUAGUUGUCUCUUAGAACUGAAGGAAAUGUCAGAGAAAAUUUUAAGGAAGUGUGGUGGAGUACCAUUAGCCAUCAACACUAUAGCUAGCUUAUUGGCAAGUAAGCCAAAACAUAUAAAUGAAUGGUACAGUGUGCACAAUUCUAUAGGUUCCGGACUUGUGAAAGAAACUAGUGUGGAGAAUAUGAGGAAGAUAUUAUCUAUGAGUUAUUACAGCUUACCUUCCAAUCUAAAAGCUUGCUUAUUGUACCUAAGUAUAUUCCCAGAGGAUUAUACCAUAUCAAGAGAUCAGUUGAUCCGCAGAUGGAUAUCUGAAGGCUUUAUUCCUGGAGAAGAUGUGGUUACUUCAUAUGAACAUGCAGAAAAUUAUUUCAGUGAACUCAUUAACAGAAGCCUGAUAGAACCAGAAUAUGUUGACAGUCAUGGCAGGGUGCUAGAUUGCCAUGUACAUGAUAUGAUACUUGAUCUCAUCACAUCUUUGUCAUAUGAUGAAAAUUUUGUCACUGCAUUACACGGUCAGCAAUCCACAUAUAUGCCAAACAAAAUUCACCGUUUAUCCUUCCAAAGCAUGACAGAUGGGCUUGUCACACUGAAGACAAUGAACUUGUCUCAUUUGAGGUCACUUAUCGUCUUCCCUGGGGCUACCAACUUGUUGCCACCUCUUUCGAGCUUCCAUCUUCUGCGUGUACUGGAUUUUGAAGGCUGCCAUGACUUAGAUUGUAAUCAAAUUGAUGGUCUUGUGAAUUUAUUUCAUUUGAGGUGCCUGGUAUUGAAGGAUACAAAUAUUGCAAACCUUCCAAAACAAAUUGGGAAACUUGGUUGUUUGCAGAAACUGGACUUAAGGAACACUAGUAUAAGUGUACUUCCAUCAGCAGUUGUUCAGUUAAGAAAACUAGUGAGCCUACAUAUUGAUAGAUCAGUGAUGCUACCAGUUGGGUUUGGGGGCAUGAAAUCUCUGCAAGCCCUGACAUAUAUUGGUGUCAGCAUAUCCCCAAAGUUCAUGAAAGAGCUAGGAAAUUUGACUGAACUAAGGAUUCUCCACAUUUCACUGAGUGGUACAAGACAAAUGAAUUACGAGAAAUCUUUACUAGAUUCUUUGUGCAAGCUGAAAAAACUCCAUGAAUUGUUAAUUUUAGGUGGACAAUUGUCGAGAUUGCCAAGGUGGAUCAGUUCCUCACUCUUAUGCAUCCGCACAUUAGACAUGAAGCUCAACACAUUAGCCCUGGAGGAUUUAAAAAAUCUUGGGGCCAUAGUGUGUCUGCUUGAUCUCUGUCUUAUGGUGCUAAAUGAUGAAACAGAAAGAUUGGUUGUUGGUGUUGACCGUGGAGAGUUCCAGUGUCUUGUUAGGCUUUCGUUUGUCAGCAAUGCAAUGAGGAUAAUAUUUUCAAAGCAAGCUAUGCCAAGGCUCGAGAACCUUGAGCUUGCCUUUAGAGUUCAAGAGAGUAAGGAUUUUGAUAUCGGCUUGGAAAACCUCUCUUCACUUAAGCAUGCCACCAUAAGAAUCGAUUGUUGGGGUUCCAGUGUUGAUGAGGUGGAGCGUGCUAAUGCUGCUAUUCAGAGGGCAGUGUUCUUGAAUCCCAAUCACCCCAAGCUUGAUGUGAUCAGGCAUUUUUACAAUGACAUGGUAGGGGAUGAUGAGAUAAUAAGUGUCCAUGAUGACAUGAAUGAAAUAGAAGAAGAGAUUUUGGCAGACAAGAUGGGCCCUUGGGGUGGAAAUGGUGGGGUUGCUUGGGACAUAAAGGUUGCUUCCUGUCAUUUGGAAAGUGUGACGAUUUGUAGUGGUACGAUUAUCGAUGCAAUUUCGUUUUCUUACCGUGAUGGAAAUGGGAGGCAGCACACAACUCAAUAUUGGGGCGGCACUGGUGGCAGUGCUUAUUCGAUUCGUCUUGGGGCUACAGAAUUUCUCAGGGAAGUGUCUGGAACAGUCGGGCCAUUCUUUUCAAUACCCAGCGCUGUAACAUCACUUAGGUUAGUGUCCAAUUUACGUCGGUAUGGGCCUUUUGGAGUGCCGCUGGGAACUCCAUUCUGCAGUAAGGUCAAGGAAAACAACAGCAUUGUUGGUUUCUUUGGGCGGUCAGGGGCGUACCUUCAUGCACUUGGUGUGUACGUUCGUCCUGUCUGA